GGAUCGGCCACCCCCAUUGCUCAGGAUCUUCCUCGACUAGCAUAUAUUGCACUUAAAGAUAGCUCGAUAGUGCAGGUCGGAGCCACCUAUAUCGCCCGUCCCGACAAAGCGACAGGUCGUUGUGCCGACACUUAGCUUGACGCCUCUAUUUUUGCGCAUAACUUCAAUCAAACUGAUUGCCGUAAACAUGAGGUGCCUAUCAGCGCCAACGACGUCAGGACGCUGUGGUCGCUUGGACGCACCGCAAUUGCACCGCUUGCCUGUCCCGUUUCGUGCAAGCUCAACCGCAGCUCGACGCGCCCAGGAUACUAAAUUACGCGCAGCUGCGGUUUCAUCACCUCAGGAGCCUCAUUUACAGCGGCAAGAGGAACACAGCAGCCCUAGCAGCUUGCAGCAUGCUUCGCUCCUUCAUGGCUUGGGCAGCGUUGGCGAAGUGAGCGCCACACAUCUGCCGUGGCUCCUACGUCUAGCUCACGUUCGAGCAAAGACUUCUGGCGGAGACUCCAGCGAAGCUCUUCAGGCCUCCUCCCGCGGUCUGGCCGCCUGGUCCGCCUCCCUCUCCCGCGGCCUGCUGCCCGACGACUCCACGCUGCUGCAGCUGGUGGCGGAGGGAGACGACUUCGCCGCCGCCUGCGCCGACGCCCCCCUGGAGCGGCUGGCGUGGCCGGAGGAGCCGCUGCGGACCAUGAUGAUCCGGGCCAUGGCCAAGCUGGGGGUGGGCAGGCUGUGUAAGAAGUACCCCGCUGUUCGCGACGCGCUGCUGAAGAGCCUGCUAGAGACGGUGGUGCGAUACCACAAGAUGCUGGCGGGCAUCGAGGAGGAGCGCGAGGAGCGCGAGCGCGACAUCCAUGGCAAUGUGUUUAAGACGGUGGCGGAGCUGAAGGCGGAGGAGGAUGCUCGGCGGGCUGCCACUCGGGGGGGUGGCAAGUCCUCCCACGCGCACGCCCCCGCAGUGCUCUCCCCCGCGGAGGCCGCACAGGCCCGGCUGCGGGCGGCAGUCGCCUCCGCCACCGCAGCGGGGGCCGCCCCGGAUAAGGCCACCGCCUUCGCGCUGGUGAAGGAGCUGUACGGGCAGUGGCUGGCCCCGGUGGAGACGCUGGGCAGGGCGGGGCGCGCGUUCGAGGGGCUGGAGGCGCUGCUGGGGGCGGACGGGUUCGACCUGGAGGGCUCCAUUUGGAAGCGGCAGGGCUGGUCCCAGCUGGACGAGCUGCGUCGCAAGCUGGAGGACCUGCGGGAGCUGCGGGACCUGGUGCGCAGCCUGGGGCGGGGGGGCGGCUGGGGGCCGCUGCGGCGCGCGCCGGUGCAGUUCCUGGACCUGAACGCCCGGCCGGGACUGCUGCGGACCAUUCUGGAGGCGCAGGAGACGCGCGGGCUGACGCGCUCGGACGACAUCUCGCGCCUGCUGCCCGCUGAGGCGGCGGUGCUGGCCAGGGGGAGGCAGGUUCGUCAAGCCAAGCUGCUGUUCUACGCUCGUCUGGCUGAGAAGGCGCUGCAGACCUACGAGCGGGACGGAUGGGGGGAGUACCCCACACAGAUCAAGCCCGAGCGGCGCGAGAUCCGCCCCACCGCGGACCGCGGCCCCAUCCUGCUGUGUGUGGACACCUCGGGUUCCAUGAGGGGGGCGAGGGAGACGGUGGCAAAGGCGCUCGCCCUGGAGUGCAUGCGCGCCGCCCGGCAGCAGGAGCGCGGCUGCUACGUGUUCGCGUUCAGCGGCCCCCAGGAGGUGCGCGAGUUGGAGCUCAACAUGGACGCGGCCUCGCUCAACAAUCUGCUGGACUUCCUGGAGAAGAUGUUCAACGGCGGCUCCGACUUCAACGAGCCCGUCAAGCGCUGUCUGGACCGCCUGACGGACGCCAAGUGGGCCAACAGCGAUGUGCUGCUGGUGUCGGACGGCGAGCUGCGCCAGCCCGCCCCCGCCAUCAUGCGCAAGCUGGCUGGCGCCAAGGAGUCGCUGGGGCUGCGGGUGCACGGCCUGGUAGUGGGCUCGCCGGAGAAGAAGCGAGCCGACCCCGCGGUGCUGCGCGCGCUGUGCACCAACUACCUGCCCAACGGCAAAGUGGAGGUGCUUGUGAGCACCUUCGAGAGCUGGGCCUCCGUGCAGGCGGACACCGCCCUCCAGCUGGACUGGGACGAUGUGGCGGGCAACACGCGGCGCCGCCUGGCUAACCUGGCCAAGGAGAAGGAGCGGCAGCAGGAGGCCCGGCGCAAGAAGGUGGAGGCCAGGUCCGACGUGUCCCGCACCGGGGUGCUACCCACGCGGGGGACAGCGAAGAAGUUCUAAAACCCUGUAGGGGGCCGCUCUAGGGGGACAGUCCUCUGGGUUUUGAUGAGCCAUCUUUGCUGGCCGGGGGAGGAGAGGGGCGUAGUGGGGGCCACGGCGGGAGACCACCUACCGCGAAGGGCGAGGAGAGAAGUGAAGUAAAUAAAUAACGGCAGUAGUCAAGGGGUGGUAGGAUGUGGGGGAGGCGGGGGCAAGGGCCCCAACCAGGGAUGUGGGGUGUACGUUGGCCAUCACGGACGAUGGGGGGUGGCGGGAAAGGGAGGCAGGCAGGCAGUUUGCGGGUGCAUGUUGUUGUAUAUUAGCCGGGGCAAUACAGCAGGGGAGGGGUUAAAAGACGAGCUGC